AUGUCGAGUAAAAAGACUCGUGAUUCAAGUAAAACCAAACACUCGAGCAAAGGUGAUAGUCGUGAAGAACGACAUAAAGGAAGUUCAAAAGAUCAUCGAUCGACAACUGAUGACCAAGAAGAAAGGCGCAGACGAAGUUCAAAAGAUCAUCGAUCAACAACUAAUGACCAAGACGUGUCGGCAUCACGCCAUCGAGACAAAUCGAAAUCUAAGUCGAGUAGUAAAACAAAUUAUGUUGAUGAAGAUGCUAUAGCAUUAGCUGAAGAUGAAGAAGAACGUCGACGACGAAAAAAACAACAACGUAAACAACUUGAAGAAGAGGAAAGGUUAAAACGUGAACAAGAAGAAUAUGAAGAAGAACGACGUCGGCGAAAAGAAAAAAAUCGUGAUGUAGAAAACGAUGGUAGUCGAAAGCAUAAAUCAUCUCGAGCUAAAUCACCAAUAUUAGAUUCAUCAAAGCCAACUUCACCAGUACCACCUCCAACCAAACAUAAAAAUAAACCCGCCGAAAAAGAUGACAAUUAUAGUGAUGAUUUCGAGCAGAACUAUGAUGAUGAUUUUGAUGAUGAACCUAUUGCACCACCAGUCAAGUCACCUCCAACAAAAAACUAUACUUCGUCUAGUGGUAAUGACAAUGCUCAAGUUUAUACAAGUUCACGUCGUUUUCAAUCUCAUGAUUUAUCUGAUCGUAUUCGACGCCGUUAUAAAGAUUUAUCUCGUUUAAUUCAACUUGAUCGACAAGCAUUUAAUAUACUUGAUAUGGCACCGAUGCCAGCUCAUGCUGCUUAUAUGCGAGACAUUCGUUUAAAUAAUAAUAAUAAUCAGUCAUCAAAUGAGAUUAGUACCGAUACUAAUAGUUGGACAGCUAACGUCAAAGUGCAAACAAAUGAUGAUGCUGAACAUGUUCAAUCUCAAACAGAUGAAAUUGACACACGAUCAAUGUGGACACAACAUCCCAGUGAAAGUGAGCAUACAGCAUGUGGUAGCGGAAGUACAAAUAGUGAAAAUCAACUCUCAGAUAUCAAUAAAACACGUGAAAACGAAGACCUACUACGUAUGCUUAGAUUAGAAACUGACCUUGCACGAUAUCAAACAUUUGUUAUUAAUGCUGGAAAACUUAUGUUUGCACUACUUGAUAAACAGCAAACAGGUGAGGUGAAAUCAAAGUCUAAACGAUCAAAAGAUAAGGAACAAGAUGGAAUGCAACAGGAGUCAGAUCUGAGCUUUUCAUCUGGAGUUACUAUUCUUCCAGGUCUUUCAUUAAAACCAGCAGUAUCGGUUGCCGCUGUUUGCUUUUUUUCAGACAAACCUGAACAAGUAGCAGUGUUUUAUGAACCAAUUCAUACAACAAGUUAUGGUGCAAUUUAUAAUGUACGAGAUCCUUCAAAACCUUUGAGAUUAUUAAGUUGUGAAGCAACGAUUCGAUCUUGUUCUUCAUCUAUGGUUUAUAUAUUUGCUGGAUGUCAAGAUGGAUCAGUGGUUUUAUUUGAUACAAGUGAGCCAAAUAAAUAUCGCACUGAUUCGCAAAAGCCUAUGCCAAGUAGUCCAACAUUUUCCACAGCAAAUAUACAAUUUAACGAUCGUCAUUACAAUGAAGUUAUUCGCGUACUACCACUACGAACAACAAGUGUGCCAAAUAAAAAUGAUCGAUCAAUGAAUUCAUUUUCUUUGGCUUCACUGGACCGAGAUGGACUUAUUAUUAUUUGGUCGGUUGUUGAAUUAAUGCAAUCGGAUGAAGCUGGAUCUAUAGCUGACUUAGGUCUUAAACCAGGUGGAAGGGUUCGAAUGACUCAAACAUCAUCAAUUCAAAUAAAACAAUCGAUUCAUAUGGCUAGAGAUUCAAUUCAAGCAUACGAUCUUUCAUGUCCAUCAAGUGACUUUGAUAAUCUUUAUGUUGCUAGCAAUGCUAAUGCUGUUUAUCAUAUGACACGAUAUGGAGAAAUGGGGUCCCCAGCCAAACUGCGAAUUUCGUCUGAUCUAGGCUCACAAAUUGAAGUAACAUGUUUAUCAUUUAAUCCACUUAUGAGCAAAUUACUUCUUGUUGGAACAGGUCAUGGACAAUUGAAUUUAUAUACGACAGGGCGAGACGAACCAAUUUUAACUUGGCCACAAGCGUUUCGUUCAUCAUCAAUAGUUCUUAGUUGUCAUUGGUCUACAUGUCGUGGCAGUGUAUUUUUCGCUCACGAUUCUCAAGGAUAUAUAAAAUAUUGGGAUUUAACUAAAGAUCAAUAUCAACCAUUAGGACAAGUUAAAAUUGAAAAUCUUAGCCAUUUUGUUCUAUCAACAAGUAAUCAAUAUGAAACAGCGUUCGCACUUGUUAUCAAACAACAAUCAUCACAAAUUGAAAUUCAUCAAUUGAAACAAACGCUUGCUUCUCAUUCAGAAACAUUUACGGACAACUUUAAAGAUAUUCUUAAGAAGAUUAUGGCAAAUACAUAA